AUGGGACAGACAAUCACCGACGAAUCCGUGACCCUGCAAAUCACCAAAGUAACCGAGGGCUCACGCGCACACAAACUGAAUUUGCUACCUUUCAUACACACGAUCACCCUUGUGAACGACAAGCCGGUAGGCAGUUCAGAAGACGUAAAGAAGGAGUUUACCAAGUGGAAACAGCACCAAAUAAGGCUGCAGGUGUUGGAUCUAUGCACAAAGAAGAUUAUGGACCUGUGCUUGGAGAAGUGUGUGGAGGGCGAGAGCCUAGGCAUCAAUGUCAAGGUGCACAAGGGCGAGCCUUACUGCCCCACACUAUGUGUAAUCGAGGUGGAUGAAGACUCUCCCGCUCACAGAGCAAGUCUGCAAGCUUUCGAGGAUUAUGUGAUCGGAAUCGAGGGGGUGUACAUUCCUAACGAGGAUGCUUUUGGAUACAAGUUGUACGAAUUUAAGGGUAAAGAGUGCGUGCUGUUCGUUUUUAACAAGGAAACGAAUACGAUACGAAAAGUUGCGGUUUUUUUGAACAAUGACCCUGAAAAUUUGAUGGGUGCAACGUUUGGUACGGGUUUGCUGUACAAAAUUUUUGAGAGCGAUGAGCCGAUUAAGUUCGUAUUUGAUGAUGGGGAGUACCGCAAGAUUUUGGAGAAAAAGAAAGAGGAGAAUAAAAAAGAGAGAAAGAUACAAGAUGAAAAAAGUGUGGCUGAUCGCAAAAAGGAUGAUAGUGGAAAGCAGGAAGAAGAUACUAUAAAAAGUACUUUGAACGAGAUAGAAAAGGUAAGCGGUCAAAAUACAGGGAAUGAUGUGGGUGGAGUGGCUUUGGGAGAGAAGAAGGAUUGUGUACUUGAAAAAAUUGAAAAUAUGAAAGUUGCGGAUGGAGUUGAGCAAUCGAAAGAUCAUGAGAAAAUGGAGAAAGAACAAAGGGUAGAUGGGGUGGAGCAAGCGAACAUGGAGAAAAGUGAGGCAUUGAGAAAAUUGGAACAGGUUCGUAAAGCCAAAGAAGAGCGCGAAAAGGAAAUAAAAAGAAGGGAGGAGCAGAAACGGGAAGAAGAAUUGAAUGAGAAGAAGAAGGAAGAAAAGUACAGAAAAUUGGAAGAAAUACGAAAAAAGGAAGAAGAACAACGUAAAAAAGAAGAAAUACGAAGAAGGGAAGAAGAAUUGAAUGAGAAGAAGAAGGAAGAAGAGCAACGUAAAAAAGAAGAAAUACGAAGAAGGGAAGAAGAGCAACGUAGAAAGGAAGAGCUGGAAAAAGUGAAGCGAGAAAAAACCGAAGAGUUGAGGAAGUUGGACGAGCAGAAGCGAAUGGAAGGUUUGAGAAGAGCAGAAAGAAUUAGGGCAGAAGAAGUUAAACGAUUGGGAGAACAGCAGCGAAAAGAAGAAUUAGAAAAAGAAAAAAAGACAAAAACCGAGGAGUUAAGAAAGUUGAAAAAACAGAAGAAAAGAGAAGAGAUGAAAAAAGCAGAAAGGAUUAAUGCAGAAGAACAAAAGAGGUUGGAAGAACAAAAGAGAGAAGAUGAUUUGGAGAGAGAAAAAAAUGCAAAAGCUGAGGAGUUGCAAAAAUUGGAAGAACGAGAAGAGAUUGAGGAUGUCAGGCAGAAGAAAGGUCGAAAACAAGAUGAGAAUGAUAUGAAAAAACAAAGCAUUGAAAAUGAGCCUGAAAACGGUAAAAGUACGAAGAAAGAAAAUAAUGAUGAGGGUAAGAAGGAACUGCAAGUCGAAGACGUGGUCGAUGGGGGAGCCAGCGAUGGAAGUAACUUAAAAAAUGAUGAAAUAUUGGAAGAACCGCAGGAACUCAAGCCGAAGAGACCCCACGAUAUUCGAGAUGCGUUUAACCCUGAUUCUGAUUUUGAUGACAUUGAUUUGGAGGAAACUCAGGAGUACACGAUUAUCAAGAGUAACAGCAGCCCUCAUGUGUCAACACAUGAUGAUUCUGUAAAAGAACGAAGUAUAAGUGACCCAAACAACUUUGACAACGUUUCUGACACGGUGUAUGAUGACGGUGAGUCACUGGUGUACAAGGAUGGUAGCGGAUUUGAUUUGGAGCUGAAAGAACGGCUUGGUGAUAAAGGAAUUGAAGAAAGCAAUAGUAACGAUGUGAAAUUGAAAAAAAAUUGCGAUGAAAAUGAGCUGGAUGAUCUGCCUAAUGAAUUUUUCGUAAAAAAAUAAAUGUUUAAUAAUGUGCGAGACAUCUUGAACCGUAUUGGCAGCGAUUAUUUGCUGGUAGAGAUGCGUGUGAUUUCAUUAAGUUCAAGCUUUAAUUUUGUUCUCGGAGCUCAGUCAUUAUUGCAAAGUAUCGUUGCUGGAUAGUGAGUGACCCGUUCCGAUUUGACUCUGAUGCAAGCCAACGGAUCGACUUACAUUUUGAUAAUGAUAUUUGUAUCAUCGUAGAAUUACCUAAUCAAAUAUAAUUUACUGCAAUCUCCCACUCCAUGUGUUCACGAGACCAUUACAUGGCUCAAUGAACAUCGUUCUAUGCAUAACAGAGAUAACCUCGAUUGUUUUAUCAAAUGGUUUCUUCAAACACACCACCAUUGUACGGUAUCAGGUUCUUUGGCUGUAUUUUAUAUUUUACCACAAGUACGGGAUUUCUCUGUCAAUCGAUUUUUUGACCAUAAUCACACUCCUAAUAUGGGAUAGGUAAAUAAACGAAUCUUGAAUCAAAAGCACGCGAAGUAAUGUACUGCUACGUAUUUAUAUGGCCCAACAUAAAAUUUAAUACGGUGUACAUAUGCUCCACUUAUUCUAACCUGAAUAAUAAGCACAUUAUUGGAAAUAUGGUGGAGCAACCAGCUGUGAUUGCUGUCCAUGAGGUAUAAUUCAUGUUUUAUAGAAUACUUGCUGCGAUAUCCUGUCUUUCCAAAUGGAUGAUGAAUGGGUAGUAUACCAAAAUAGCGCUUUCGAAUACAACUGUAACAUCAGGUCAUUCCUUUCUACUAACUGUUCUGUGGUCACAAAAUCAAUAAAUCACUUUCAUUCCAG